CACCUUGAAUAUCAUUCAUUUGAUUUUAUUAUUACCAUUUAAUGCAGUAAUUAUCCUCAAAAUAGUUGAAAACCAAAUUUCACAUUAACAUUUCAUGUAAAUUUUGCUAAUUAAUACACUGUAUUUUUCAAUAACUUUUUUAUACCAUUUGGUCGAAAGAACAGAACAAAUGCUUUGAGAUGAUCUCAGCAGUCAGAAGAAUAUCUUACUGGAAUGUGCUAAUUUUGAUAGUAGUGUUGAAUUUUGUUCUUUUUUGUGGCGCUCAGGAAAACAAUGUUUGCCCCACUUUUAAGGAUUAUUAUACCAUAAAAAAUAACUCGAAUUGUUGGUAUGACUUCACAGCUGAAUUUGAUACACGCACAAUCGUUAAAAUGCAUGGAUUCGACUUUAGUGAAUAUAAAAUUCAAACCAAAGAUGGGCACAUACUGGGUCUCUUCAAAAUACCAAGCAGAAUAAGAUCAGAUCCCACAAAAAGAUAUUUUCCUGUUUUUUUACAACAUGGAUUGCUUUCGACUGCCUCUAACUUCGUGGCUGUUGGAAAAGAUUCUCUGGCUUUCACCUUAGCUGAUGCAGGGUAUGAUGUCUGGCUUGGAAAUUACAGGGGCAAUGAAUAUUCCGAAGGACAUGUGAAGUACACCACUAGAGAUAAUGAAUUUUGGGAUCAUUCGAUGGACGACAUCGUGAAAUAUGAUUUUCCAGCCAUUUUCGAGAAAAUUCUCGCAGAAACUCCUUCUGGUGGUCAAAUAAUUUAUAUUGGUCACUCUUUAGGAACUUCUCUGGCCCUAAUGUAUAAUGCAAAAUACCAUAAAGAAGCGAAGCAUAUAUUCAAAUUAGUGAUCUUGUUAUGUCCAGCCUAUACCAUCUCAAACAUGAGAUCACCGUAUAGAUUAGCUGCACCCUUUGGACAAAUGAUAUUGAACACUGCUCUCAACAUGGACUUGAUGAGACUUUUUUCCCAAGCAGAACCAACAAGAGGAAUGAUGAGGAGAAUUUGUUUAGAAUCUCCAAAUUUGAUGGAAAGAUGUCUUAGAGCUUGGAAUCUCUUCUAUGGUCUUGAUGCAACUAUAGGCCCUGAAAAUGUGCCAAUUUUCUUUCAUCAAUUACCUGGUGGAACGUCUUUGAAAGUCGGCAAGCAUUCAGCAGAUUUAGUUUUAGGGAAUUUUAGACAUUACGAUCAUGGUUAUGCGGAAAACAUCAAGAGAUAUGGUACUGCAAAACCUCCAAUUUAUGAUAUCAAGAAAAUUGAAACUCCAAUUUACAUAGUUUACAGUACUGCUGAUUGGGCUACUACUGAACAGGAUGCCCUCAAUCUGUAUAAUAAGUUACCCAAAGUUGCAAGGCAUGGAAUUCGAAAAAUUUCAGAAAAAAACUUCAAUCAUAUAGAUUUUAUAUUCACCAGAGCUGCCAAGAAGUUGGUCUAUGAUGAUCUACUUAAUGUGAUAAACAACGUAAUUCCUGAAAGUUCUACGAAGAUAAAUGUUCCUAUUUAGUUAAAAAUCCUUAAGUAAAUAAUAAUAAUGAGAAAAAAUAAACAAACAUUACCUCUUUGUUGUUAGUAGUGUCCAUAUUUAUAAACUAAUUAAAAAAGAUGACAGAAAUUUU